CACCAACCCAAUCAUAUUAUUAACAUUCUACUCCGUACUUACAAUCCACAUCCAGACUCCAUAUCAUCCAAAUUACCGCAAUCGACAUCCCGAUUUGGCCAAGUCCACAAGUCUAACUCCAUCUUUCGCUUCUUCCCCGUUUGACCGUUUUUACUUCGUUAUCCUCGUGUCGGUGCUCGUGUGCGUUUCUUCUCCAUCACUACAUACCACUGUAUUUGCAUCACUCCCUCAUACUGGUGUCGUUCUUCUUGGAUAGCCACUGCCCUCAUGGUCUUGGGAUUUGUUGCAUUGUCGACUUGCAGCAGUACGCUCUUUACCUACCAUUAGAUCGUACACUCCUCCUGCCGAGCCUCAGGUCCUUCCCACUGCCUCUUGCCGCCUCUUGACAAUUGCGCCAACAUGGCUUCAAUCACAAUUCCAACCACUCCCACCAGACCCGACUCUCGAAGACCCUCUGCAGAUCCCACCACCAACAAUCAGUCGCCUAACUCUCCCUUCUUCCAUAACUUGACCUCUCGACUAAGGAAAAGUUCGAACGCCAGUUCAUUGACCACCGCCGAUCAGUCUCCUGCCCCGCAGGACCCUGUCACACGAACAGAAUCAACUCGUGCUGCCAGGAAAGCCUUGCAAGCCUUGAUCAGAAAUGAUUGGGAAUGGCCACCACCUGCAGACACCACCUCCACCGGCAACCGCACAGUUCGAACUCCGAUCGGCUAUCGAUUGAGGGAAGAGACGCUCUCAGACCUCGAAAAUGAAGAACUCUUCACCCGCCGCAAGACCAAAAAUGACCCAUACAAAUUCGAGUCUCCCGAAUCCAUAGGCAGCCAGCUGGCCGAGAAAAGAUUAAAGCGCAAGCGGGCACAGGAUGAAGAACUAGAAUGGAACAAGGGUCUUCGAACAUGGUCAGAACGACGUGAUGCCUGGACAUGUGCUGUGCGGCAGAGUGCACAAGAACAACACCGACAUCAAUACCCAUCACAAGCCUCUAGCCUUCCGCAACCCACUCGGUCAGAAUCUUCACCUUACAAGACCCGUCUUUCAAAAUCCAUCUCCCAUGAACGCAAGACCUCCGGCUCGACCUCCAAUUCAAACACCGAUGGUUCCGGAUCCAUUUCCGCCGCCAGCACAGGCAGCGCCGGAACUGGUCAAACCAAAGGAACGAUCAUAUCUACAAGUUCAACGGCACAAAACGUCGAAUCUUCGUCCAUCGACACCAUGUCGUCCUCCCCGACCACCACGACAAGCACAAACACCACCAUGGCGUCCAGCCGAGACUCUUCUUCUUCGACAAUACCCUAUAUCCCGGUCUUCCCUCCCCUCCUGACCGAUAGCGACAACGGCUCUAACAGCGAUGCCCUCGCAUUACGGUCCCGCAUCAAACCAUCAGCCUACCCUACCAUCUACUCCAAAGUCGUGGUACAAUCAUUAACACCCAACGUUCCCAUCCCCUUGAACCACAUGAUAUCCGCCCUCGUCGAUGGUUGGAAAGCCGAGGGAAAUUGGCCUCCUCAAUCACAAGCCCAAUCACUCUCCAUGGACGGCCUCGACGGUACUAAGAAGAAAAGCCGCAAAUCCGCCGCCUUCCUAAGAUGGAGAAAGGAGCACUCUGCGGCAGCAACAAUCGCCGGACCUGUCACUGGUGCUGGACCUGGGCCUGGCAAUAGUCCUUAUGCUAUUGGAUCUGUUCCCGCUCCGCUUUUAUAUGGCAUGAAUGGAGAUAUGAGCGGUCCUGGUGGUGGUAUUCCCGGUGCUGAUAUUGCUCCAGACGACGAUUCCAAAUCUCGUGUUCGACGUAGCAUGAGUAAGAUGAAGAGAGUUCUAAGCGGAGGUUCGGCAGACGGGUUGCAGGAACUCGGUAUCGAGUUUCGGGAACAGGAUUACGAGGAAAUGGAGAAGAAUGUCACUUUAAAACGGUAGUUAGGACAGAAGGGAUUGAUCCUGAUCCUGAUCCUUCGGAUUGGUCUGGCCUUAGCCUGGCGUGAUCUACUCUGUCGAGGUUAUGUUAUAUAUAAUGUCUAAAUUUUGUUGAGAUAGCAGUCUAUCUGGCUUUAU